AUGAUGAAUAUGAAAACAUUUUUAACGUGGAUUUAUAAUUUCAUAUGGAAUUAUAAUCUUUUCACGUUAGAAGAAGAUGAUUAUGAUGAUACAAAUGCAGAUCCAGUUCUUUUUCUUAGAAAACAGAAAUACAAAACUCGCUUAUAUAUUACACUUUUUACAGUAUUCCUUUAUAUAUUAUUCUACGGAAGUUGGAUCAAAGUUGAGUCUGAAACAAUAAUUAUUUCUAAUGUAACAUCUAAUAUUGUUGAUGAAUUAUUUUCUGAAUAUGGUCAAACUGUAUCAUGUCCAUGUUCAACAAAUACAAUUCUAUACCAACAUUUUCUUUCAAAUAAUGUUACAAUGCAUCCGGUUUGUUCGAGUGACUUUAUUAGAAAAGAAUGGAUUGAAGGAUUAUAUUUCUCAAAUGCAAGCCAAUAUGGUAUAUGGGAUUUUCGACGAGUUGCCUAUUCACAAUUCGAACUUUUAUCUCGAUUAUGUUUAAUAUCUCAAAAGAUGGCCUCUCAAAUUGAAACUGAUGUUGAUAACACCGAACUUGUUAAUAUUAAUCUACUUUCUUCAAAACAAAUUCAAUUAGAAAUUAAUAAUACAAUUGAAUUUCGAAAGAAUAAUGCACUUGGUCAAAUGAUUUCGUUCUUAAAUUAUUGGCAUACAACAAUUGAUCGAACCUUUUUAGUUUCGGCUCUUGGCACAAAUUGGAUGUUGCGAACAAGUUUUGUAAAUAAUACUCCUAAUGAAAUAUUUGGAUUAGGAACACCAUAUUUGGAUAUAAACGCUGAACAAUUCAGACAAUGUGGCAAUGCUAAAGUGAUAAAUCCUGCUAUUCUGCCUUCAUUGUCAAUUGAUCUAUCACAGCUUACAUCAUUCUGGAAACCGGACUUCACAUCCAAUAUAACGAUUGUCAAAGGUUUCUUUGUUACAUGUACUUCUCUUGAUGCACUUUUUGAAAGUACAAUGGAUUGUUUAUAUGAAUUUGAAUGUGUUCAAUUACUCAUCGAUUAUUUUCCAAAACUUAAUCAGGUCUUUAUCAUUUCUACAUAA